AAAAAAGGAAAAUAGAAAAAAAAUGUCCAAUACGGUGUUGGCAGUCGGCACGGGCGUUUUCGUCGUUGCGGUCGUUUGGAUCGUGGCACUUGUGCUUGGGGCGAUGCUACUGAGAGCCUCGGGAUCAGCAAAGUUAGGAAUCAUCCCUGUGGUUCUCCUGGCUCUUACGAUCACUCUGGUGCUGGUGUUUUUCCCCCGCAGCCCAGAGAGACCUCCCGCCUUUAAAGAAAUAGAGAUAGUGGACACUUUGUUCAUCGGCCGUUAUGUCCUGUUGGCAGUGGCAAUCGCUGUCUUUCUGGGGAUGUUCUUCAUGGUGCUCCCCUUUCAUUUCCUGGAACCCGUCUAUGCCAAGGCCUUAAAAACACAGUAGAGCGGCCAGGGUCAGAGUUGGCACCGGUAUCACAAUCGCUGAUGUAUACAAGUAAAGACAAACGGGGCUCGGUGAGAGGCCCCCGGCUUCGUGUGGAAACGGACGACACAAUGCGUCCCAAACAGAAACAGCAGGAGAGCUGGUGUGUUUCGCCAAGGCCAACUGUUUGCUGUUUAUGCGAAAUCGGCAGAAACUGUGUCAUUCAUUCUGUGUUAUUUAAUAGUUUAAUAAAUGACUAAAGUAAA